AUGGCGAUGCACUUUGGGGGUGUCAAGUCCGCAUCGCUGCCACAUGCGGAAGCUAUCCUGGCAGGGAUCACCGAGCAGGGCGGCUGGGCGAUGGUGCAUGCCUCUGAGGAGCUGCGACGAAACGCGGAGUUCGUCCUGUCCGCAGUGAUCCAGGAUGGAGGCUGCCUGAUGUAUGCAUCAGAAGAGCUCUGCGGCGACGAACAGGUGGUCCUGGCAGCCGUGGAGCAAGAUGGCAAUGCCAUGCGUUACGCUUCGCCCGCGCUGAAGUCGGACCCCGUCUUCGCGCUCGAAGCAAUCAAGAAGAACAGCGAGGCGAUCCUUUACAUCUCGAGAGAUCUCCGUCAGGACCCGCACUUCACCCUGCAGGCCGCUCUCUCGGGCUGCUCCAGGGACCUCCUCGAUCCGAGGUUGCGCGUUUGGCUGGAGCAGCGAGAUGAGCUCUUGGCCAGAAUGCGGACUGCCAUCGACGACCAAGAUGUCUUCGGCGUCAGGGAGGUACCCACGGAAUUCCGCAGUGCGAAGUUCCCGUCAUCCAUGUGCCCUGCCCGAGAUGGUCACCAUGGCAGCUCCAGUCUCUCAGUUCAGUUCUGA